GCACAUGCCACUGCAAGCUGCCAAAUUCAUUUUUGCCAGGUUAAGUCUCAUCGUCGUCGUCCUCCUCCUCUAACUCAGCGAAUCUCUUCUGUUUUCCCCUUUUCAGCCUCCGAUGUAAUAUAUAAAAUAUUGAUGAGCCAUGAAAUUUCCGUGACCUUGGAGCGUCAUUUUACCAAAACAAAAUCACUGCUGCUCUGGAGUCUUGAGUUGAUAGAGGUAAAGUCUGGAGAGAGAAAACCAAAGAGAGCCCCAAAACGGACACUUUUUCCAACUCAUCUUCCACAAACCUUUCCAUUUUAUUCACUGUUUUUGUUGCUUCUUUACAUUUCUCCUUAAAAAGUUGCUUUCUUUCUUUCUCUCUCAAAAACCCAUCUUUCAGACCAGACACUAACAUUACCAAAAAGUCUCCAAUUCCACUUAUUUCCCUUUGAAUAUCUCCUGCAUCUCUUCCUUUUGCCUUUUAUCUUCAAUAAUUUCCUAAUAAAACAUAAAGCAUAAACCUUUAAUUUUUUUUUUAAACUUAAAAUAAUUAAAAAUCAUAUCUUUUUUACCUACUCUUUCCAAUUCCCAUUUCCCAAUCACCUAAUAUCUCUACUUUCUGGUUUCCACCACAAAAAAGAAUUCAGCAAGAAAAACAAAUCCCACUUCUUGACCUUUUCUUUUGCUUAAGCUUACAAUGCUUCCAAACACGCUUGUUUUUCUUCCACUCAUCAUCUUCUACUCAUUACUCACUCCCUGCCUCGCCGGUUUACUAGCCCAACCGGUGUCCGGCCAAAACCAGCCACUAAAACCGGGCGAUUAUUCCUCACCCAAUACUGUACCGGCCUUUCCUGUUCAAACCGAGUCGCAGACCUGUCGGUUGGACCUCACAGCGGAACUAUUUGGCGGCGUCAACGAUGCGUGCGGCCGAGACCUAGACCGGAGCCGGUGCUGUCCGGUGUUAGCCGCAUGGCUUUUUGCUGCUCACGCUCGGUACGCCCUCCAAGUGCCGGCACCUGCUCCGGCAUCGGCGGAAUCGGACCUCCCAAUGAUGCCGGACGACUCGCAAAAGUGUGUGAAUUCGCUGCAAAGCGCGCUAUUGAACAAGAACGUGAAGAUACCGCAACCCAAUGCGAGCUGCGAUCCUAUAUUAUGCUUCUGCGGAAUAAGGCUUCACCAGAUUAGUUCUCUGAGCUGCCCUGCAGCUUUCAAUGUGAGCUCUGGAUUCCAUAAUGCGACCCCUACUGCUGCUGUAAGGAAUUUGGAGAAGAAUUGUAAGAAUUCCUCGUACGCUGGGUGUACUAAGUGCCUUGGCGCCCUCCAAAAGCUGAAGAACGAAACAGGGGAAAGAGAUGACAGAGCAAGCAAGAUGUUCAAUAGGGAUUGUCAGCUUAUGGGUCUGACAUGGUUACUUGCCCGCAACAAGACGGCCUAUAUACCAACAGUUUCUGCGGUUUUGAGAGCCAUAAUGUACAGUGCUCACCCACCCCAUGAAUCCAAGUGCAGCCCUGAUCAAGAAAACAUGCCUUUGGCCGUUGAUUCUCUGCAAUUCGAAAAGGCCGAGUCUGGUUCAUCUUCACUGUCUUGGUCUGCUUUCGGAUACCGGGUUUUGCCCAUAAUCAUUUUGGUUUCCUUGUUUGGAUAUUAGGGGUUUAACUUUUAGGCUUUGGCAGGCAUCCCCUCCCCUGUAAUUUUUUAGUAGUUGUAGGACUGUGUCGGGGGAUCACGUGAAGCUAGCGGACAAAAAUGGCCAAUUGAAAUUGUGGGGAGGGUUGUUUUUGUCUUUUUGCCCACUGUAAAUUUCAGACUCGUUUCACCAUAUAUAUUGCAUAUUUAUUGGUCGAUUAGAAGGGAA